GUGAAAGAGAAGCAGUACCUGGGUAUUUUUUGAGAUGGAACUCAAUGAGCAGGGUUUCUUAGAGGAGCUAUUAUCUCUAAGAAGAGAGACUUGGGAGGGUCUCCCUGCUACAGGAAUGAACGAGUUCUUAGCUAAUGGGUGGAGCUUAGAUUGUUUUAAUGAAAACCCAGGAAUGGUCGGCCCUGAUUCUUCCUCAUGUGGUGGAUUCACCAUGUCGAAGGUACCAUCCUUGGAUGAAGUCUACUACCCAUUUGGAGAUGAAUUCUCACAGCUGCUUCCAGAUAUGGAUUCAUCAUCUUGUGAGAAAAGAGGAUAUGGUACAUUGCCAUUCCCAAACAGCCAAAAAGAAUGCCCUUCGCCUCUCAUGGAGGAGGAAGAGCCCAGUGAGACCCUCUGGAAGAAGCUCCGCAACUUGGAGGAGCUUCAUGAGACAAGUUGUAAGGUGGAACCAGUCCAAGCCACUGAUGUUCCUGUUUUCAACAUGGGCUUGUGUUUAGAGAGAAAGAAUCGAGCGAAGAAGGUGGAGGGUCAGCCUUCCAAGAAUCUAAUGGCAGAGAGGAGGAGAAGGAAAAGAUUGAACGAUCGUCUUUCCAUGCUCAGAUCAGUCGUUCCUAAAAUAAGCAAGGUUUCAAUCAAUCCACUUCUUCUGCUAUCUGUUUCAACAUUCUCUGUUUUUUUCCCUCUCUCUCUCUCUGUCUCAUGUUAUAAUGAACAACAGAUGGACAGAACAUCCAUACUUGGAGAUACCAUAGAUUACAUGAAAGAGCUUCUGGGGAGGAUUAAGAGUUUGCAAGGGGAAAACGAAGAGGGUUCGGAUCAGUCGAACCUGGUGGACACUUUCAAGGAGCUAAAACCAAAUGAAGUCCUGGUUAGGAACACCCCCAAGUUUGAUGUGCAAAGGAGGAAUAUAGAUACCACGGUCGAGAUUUGCUGCGCAGGGAAGCCUGGGUUGUUGCUAUCAACAGUGACCACCUUGGAAGCACUGGGUCUUGAGAUUGAACAAUGUGUCAUAAGUUGUUUCAAUGAUUUUGCUAUGCAUGCUUCUUGCUCUGAGGAAAUGGAGCAGAGAGCAAUAAUAAGUUCUGAGGACAUAAAGCAAACAUUGUUCAGAAGUGCAGGUUAUGGAGGGAGGUGCCUGUAGAAAUCAAAUCAAGGGGUAAUAAAUAAAUAUCAAUGUGGCCAUUACAGGAAGCUUGACUUUCCAAAGUCUCAAAGAGGAGAUGGUUUUCCAUUCUCUUUUCAAAUUUCCAGUGAGAGGUUGUGUAGUAAAAUUUUCUAUUCAAAGAUGUGGUUGAUAUUCAUCAGGGACCCAUC